AUGGGCCCCUGUACCGCCUCCUCAUGCUGCUGCCAGGCCCGUAAUCUGCCAUGGGCCCCCGUACCGACUCCUCAUGCUGCUGCCAGGCCCGUAAUCUGUCAUGGGCCCCUGUACCGCCUCCUCAUGCUGCUGCCAGGUCCAGAGUGUGUCAUGGGUCCCUGUACGCCUCCCAUUGCUGCUGUCUCCAUCGCCACACUCUGCCAUGUGCCACUUUCAGGUCUCCUCACACUGCUGGUGGGUUCCAUUUUGUCAUAGGGUGCUGUAUGGCCUCCCAUUGCUGCUGCCUCCACCGCCACACUGUGGCUCCACACUCUGGUUUUGGCCCCGUGACUGCCCAAAUGAGUGAAGUGUGCGGUGAUUCUAAGAUCGACGGCACUCAUCUGCAUGUCAUACUGACUGACAGUAUUAUUUCUCUUCCCCAGCAGACUCCAAGGGCAUUUAAAUUAAAGGUACAGUGUUCUGCACUAAUAUAA